AUGGGUCGGCCCAAAGCACGUGCCAGGCCGAUCCCCGAGCUGGGGCCUUCGGUUUAUGUUGGCGUGCCAGCCCAUAUGCUUACUGGGCGUCGGACUUUUCGCGGGACUACGACGGGGCGUGCCUGCAGAUGCGCAUGUCCUACAUGCCCCGCUGCGAACAUUUUCCUCUUCCUCCUGCAGCGGACCGACUGCAGCAUCGCCGGCGCCCCCGGCCUCCUCAGGAUCCCCAUCUACAAGGUUUAUGUGGACGGCACCACAACCAUUUGUCCACCCACGAAAGGAAACCCAGCACCAAGGAAUUCUUUCUACGCUGUGACAUUUCCCUCCCUUGUGCAACUGGAACACGGGAUCAGCGACACCGACGACCCGAGGCAGAGGGUGGUGUGCUCGGAGAGGUACAGGAGGAGAGACGGCGAGGGGGAGGAUAGCAAGAGGCCGGUCUCCAAGAUAGAAGAGGAGUGUGGGAUCCGCGUGGAGUUAAACAGCAGGGCUGUGCUGCAUCCACGACAUGUGCAUCGAGUGCUACAGCCAAUGUUCAACUUCAACCAACGAGUAAUUAAGCUGGCAUGA